AUGGCCCAAAGAAGCAUGUAUUUUCCACGUACAGCAGCGACACUCGAUGUCGCUGCACUUCGUCGUCAAUUAGACGAAAUUGAACGUCUUCAAAAGAAUGAUAUUAAUGGAAAUAUUCGUCUUAAACAAAUAGAAACACAAUGUGAUCAAUUACAAAUGGAUAGUGUUGAUAAAUUAGCUGCAACAUCGCAAAAAGAAUUACAGGCUGAAGAGCAUUUGAGAAACGUUACGAAGCGUACAGAAGAAAUUAAUGGAGUUAUCAAAGCAUUGAAAGAAGCUGAAUCAGUAGAUUUAUGUUUUCUAAUGGAUUGUACAAACAGUAUGCGAAAGUAUAUUGACGAUGUGAAAAAUCAUAUAUUUGAAACAGUUGAAGUUUUGAAAACUCGUUUUCCACAUUUAAACAUACGUUUGGCAUUUGUUGGAUAUCGAGAUCUAAAUUUACCUCAAGAAAGACAAUUUAGCAUUUUGGACUUUACUGAUAAGGGUACUUUUCAUUCAUAUGUUUCAAUGGUUAAAUGUGAAUAUGGUGGUGAUUACUGUGAAGAUGUUCUUGGUGGUUUACAGAAAGUGAUAAAUCUUAACUGGAAGCAUCCAGUGCGCAUUUUGAUACAUGUUGGUGAUGCUCCAUCACAUGGGAGACGUUAUCAUGAUUUAUCAGAAGAUGCAGACUAUUACUUUACUCAUGAUACUGAUGGAUCAAUUGGAUAUAGUCAUAUUCACGAACUAAUUGAAUUACAAGUGAAAUACUUUUUUGGACGUUUAAAGUCACAUACAGACAAAAUGAUCGAGGAGUUUCUUAAAUAUGCACAAGAAAAAAUGACAAUUGAACAAACUGAUGUGGAAAAAUUUACUAAUUUAUUACCAUUUAUUGUUGAAACAGUGUCACGAUCGAUCUCUGACACAACGUCGGCGUUAUUGAAAAACGAAUUAUCUAAUCCAUCAAAAACCAAAAUGUUACGCACUGUGAAUUUUGAUACGAAAGAACCAAAUUGGUCGUACAUACCAGCUAAACGGGUACAAGUUGUGAAAUUCGAAUGCGACAGUCAAUUAAGUUGUACUCUAAUAGAUCAGCAAUGGAAUAUUAGAAUUGCUUCAAAUCCUUUUGCUGAAGGUGGAAUGCGUUUAGCUUAUUAUGGUCUAAUGAGAUAUAAAGAUAGAGAGGAAAAAGUUGUACUUAAAGAAUAUAAACAAACGGAUAAGAAAGCCAACAUUCAAGAGAAAUAUUUCGAUUUAUUAGAAUGUCAAACCAUUGCUGAUUUUCUCGCACAAGAAUUUAACAGAUUACCAUCUAUCAGUAAUUUAACAAUCGUCAAAAAGAUUAAAUUUAUUAUGUUGAAAUUAGUUUUCGAUCGAUUCGUUGAUGGAAGGCCUCGUAACUUGACGAUGGAACGUUUCAUCGAAGGUUCUUAUAAGAAAUAUUCCAACAAUGCUGGCUAUAUCAAUUUGGAUGAUCCAGCGUAUACUCUCCAAGCUUUUUCACAUUGGACUUAUGAACGAACAAAUAGAAAUAUGAUUGUUGUCGAUCUUCAAGGAAUUGAUGUCGGAGAUAAUCAAACGUAUUUACUGACAGAUCCUUGUAUUCAUUCAAUUAGUGUGAUGAGAUUUGGAAAAACUAACUUGGGAAACCCAGGAAUCAAAAGAUUCUUUCAAACACAUGUGUGUAAUCUUAUUUGUCAUGCUUUGAAACUAAAAAGACAUAAAGAUCAACCAGAAAUAACAUCAUCAAAAUACGAUUCAUACUUUAUCAACAAACCCAACAAAACUUUAUUCAAUUAG